CUUUCCCGGUUCAAGUAGAUCCGUCUUUUCCAUCAUGUAUCUACGUUACGUCCUCCUCUUGUUGUCUUAUCACAUUGUGACUGGUAUGUCAUUACCAGCGACCUAUGAUCAACGACAGACCGGUGAUCUGAACGUGCAGGUCCACCUGAAGGAUGUACAAGUGUUGGCAUUGCUGGACUCGGAAUUACUUGACGAUUACACGGAGUACGAUUAUUUUUACGAUUACGCCGAUUUCACGGUGAAACCGAUCGUUAAACCCACCACAAGUACCACCGAAUCAGCUUUACCGUCUUUCAAUGAAACCACCGAAAGGGUUGAUGUCUCUGGAACACCUGACUCACCCUCUAUAAAUUCCACGCUCCUCUCCUCGACAAAUGGUUCUUUAAAUGCAAAUGCAACCACCGAAGAUACCACGAUUCCUGUGUCAAUGAUCGCUGAAAAAAUAAAUGUAACUACAGGGAUUUUAUCGACCGAGAGUACGGAAGGCUUAAUUAAAAUAAACGAUACUUUGAAAACAAGGGUUAAUGACAAAAAUAAGAACUUCUUUGAUGAUAACGAUGAAGAUUCAGCAGUGCAAACAUUCACGAGAGGUCCGUCGACAAAAUUGCCAGAGAAACGAUGUAGAAAUGGAUAUACACGGGAUGGAAAAGGUCGUUGCCGUCGUCUAAGUCAAAGAAGAUUAUCGUUAAUACCGCUAGCAAUUAAGUUGGCGCCCAAACUAUUGGACGAUCUAGCUCGUAGUACGAAGAAUCUGGCGCAGCAGGAAGUUCAUCGGAUGCACUCGAAUUGAAACGUGUCAUGAAUAUUUGAUGCCGUGCAGAAGGCUGCUUUAUGUUCCUCGUUGACUUUAUGUUAGGUUACGUAUGCUUGAAUCGUUCCGUCUCUCCGUCUUGCAUUUUUAUUCGCAACGAAUAACGCGAAGAACAGAGAUUGACACAUUUCUGAAAUCAUCCCAUGUACAAUUGUACGUAUAAAUAAGUCUUUCAACGAUCUUUCAAAUAAAUCAAUAGAAUAGUAUCAAUAA